AACAACAGAUAAAAGUCAUAAAACAAAAGCCAUAAAAAAAUUUAUUUGCGUACCUUAUAAAGGUAGUCUAAGCAGCUUUAAGAUAUUCAUCAAAAAUUUGUGCAAAUAAUUAUUAUCAAGUGUCUAACAACCUACCAAUAAAUCUACCGACUCUACCUUGAAUAUAGUAACUAUAGUAAACACAAAAAUCUACGAAUAAAAUGUCUGAGGAUGGUGAGAAUGCAGCAUUUGAUAAAAUUAUGGAACUCGUGGGAAAUGAUGGAAAAUUUCAGCGGGUCUUCAAUCAUUUCUAUAACGUUGCAUUGGUGUGCUUUGCAUCGAUGAGCUUUAUGAAUAUUGUAAUGGUAUUGAAUGAGCCAGAUCACACGUGUCGUGUCCCAGGACAUGAGAAAUAUAAUAUAAGUAGCAAUGAGUGGAUGGACUUGAUGAUUCCAUGGGAGACAGACAAUCGUGGCAUUUUAACAAAAAGUGGCUGCAACAUGUACAAUACAUCAGCAUAUGAACAUCUACCAAUAUCCGAAUGGAAUUUUACAAAAAGCGAUGAAAUUUCAUGUGUUCAUGGUUACGAGUACAAUAAAACUUGGUAUGAGCGAACAACUGUGUCAGAUCAAGAUUGGAUAUGUGAGAAGGCACUUUAUCAAACAAAUGUUUUUGUCUGGCAUCGUGUUGGUGAAGUUGUUGGGACAUUUUUGUUCGGGCAGCUUGGUGAUACUAUCGGUCGACGUCCAGUCUUUUACAUAAGUGUGAUAAUAAUAAUUUUGGGUCGAAUUAUGACAACACUGACUGCAUCAAAUUAUCUUCUAUAUGCCAUUGCGUCACUUAUCUCAUUGCUUACAAGCAUGUCAAUAUUCCUUAGUCCAUUGAUUAUAGCAAUGGAAACAUCAAAAGAAGAAGAUCGAGGAAAAAUUGCCAUGUUACAAUGUGUUGGAUGGACGAUAGGCAUUAGUAUAAUGCCAUUAGUAUUUUGGGUUGUAAGAGAUUGGGUAUGGUUCUUAAUGAUAACAACAUUACCAAUUGGCCUUUUUGCACUUUAUCCAAAAUACAUGAUUGAAUCUCCUCGAUGGUUAGCCACAAAAAGACAUCUCGCAAGAUGUGCAAAUGAGCUCAAUAAAAUUGCCAAAAUAAAUGGCAAGAAGAUUGAAAUAACGGAAAAAAUGCUUACCGAGAUGCUGCCUGAUGAGAAAGUUGAAGAUGUUUUUGGAAUUGCUUCGCUGUUUACUGGAUGGCGCUUAGCUAAAAACACAGUUUUGAUUGUAAUUUGUUGGACAAAUGUGUCAAUUGUUUAUUAUGUUUUGAUUCUUAACUCAACUAGGAUGGGCGGAAAUCCAUUUUUGAGUUUUCUAUACCAAAGUGCUAUUGAAUUGCCUGCCUUUAUUUUCGGACGAUGGAUGAGCGACAGAAUAGGACGACGAUUCAGCAAUGCAAUUGCAUUUCUAGCAAUGUCAAUUGCUUGUGUACCUGCUGCAAUGGCCGCCAGAAAUAUAGAAGAUGAACACAUUCUAACAAUGAUUGUUGUUUUUAUUAAAUUCUGUACAAGCAUCACAUUCUUUGCUGUUAACUUACAAUCAAUGGAAGUUUAUCCAACAUGUUUACGACAGUCAGGCAUAGCAGUUGGUAGUAUUAUUGGAAAUUCACUUGCUGUUUGUGGACCUUAUAUUGUCUAUGUCGGAACUGAAUAUGAUGUACGCUAUACUUACUUUAUAUUAGGCGGAUUAUGUUUUAUGGGCUUUUGUUCUGCAAUGUUUUUGCCUGAAACAUUGCAUCACCAACUUCCGAAUACGUUGCAUGAGGCGAAGAAAUUUGGCAAAACUCAGAAAUUCUGGACAUUACCGAAGAAGCCUCAACCAGUGCAUGAGGAAGAAUUGGAAUCUCUUGCAAAACUUAAUAAUAAUAAUCAGCAGAAGGUGAAAGUGUGAUGAUGAAUGGGAAGUUUAUAAGUAUUUUUUUGUAGGAUUGUAAAUUUAGUUGAAAUAAAAAAAUAUAUUUUUU